GCUGCCGCUGCCUCUGUGCCUUGAAGGCUCAACCCACAGGAACCACCAGGGAGCAGAAAACAGAGCCAACAAGCCUAGGACUGGAUACAUUGGAAACUAAAUUGGGCCUGAGGAGACACCUUCCAGGUUGGAGUGCAGCUCUCUCAUUCUGGUACCCGGACACCAGCAUCAGCAGAAGCGUACUUCCUCAUCGACUCAUCAGAGUAUGGCCUCUCAAGGCUGCAGGCGGGCCAUCACCUGCUUACUCUGCCUGGGAGUCAAGGAGGACCAGGAAGAGCAGCAUGAUGUGAAAGCACAGAUGAUCUUUCAGGCUGGAGAGGGGAGAGAGAAGAAAGUUGUACGGGGCCAGCCUGGAGUAAGAGGAGUGGGAGCAGACAGUGAAGGUGAAGAAUUAAAAGGAGGAAGAGGAGGCUCCUUUGGUCCUAAUGCUCCAGGUCCUGUGGGUGACGGGAAGAAAAAUGGUGGCACCAGCGGAAGUGGCAUGAAGCAAGAGCAAACGGAGCUGGUUGCUGAGGGUACGGAGAGUCAGAAAAGCCUAAAGCCUCCGGAGAGGCCGAUGGCCCGCCACCACCUUCGGUUCACCCAGCGGCAGCUGGAGCAAUGGGAGACCAUUCUCCAGCAGAGUCGAGCCAGCAAGGAAGGAUCGCGCAAGAUGGAUGGGUGUGAGUCCCGAAUGUAGGGCUAAUUUAAGAUUAGGAGCAUUGCACACAGAAGACAUGGGAGGAGGAGGACCAGAAGUGAACCAUCUGGGCCCCAGAACACCUGUCUCUGAAGAUUUCAGUGUCACCCUAGUCCCGGAGCAAGAUGGGAAUGGCUUCUUCUUGUGCCACCAACA